CACGCUCCGAAGCAGUGAACCCCGCGGGAAACCGCCACGACUCAAUCUCAUCAGUCCCACCACCCUUAUAUCCUUCCCAAUUCACUCCAACGCGCUUUUCCUCUUCCUCUUUCUUCUUCACCAACUCCACCCAAAAUCCAAACACGCCCUUAGCAGAAUGGACCCUAAUCCCCGCACUAUCCGCAGCCUAGUCUCGAAGCUCAGCUCCGUCUCCGAAGCCGCCCGCAUCGACGCCCUCUCCCAGCUCCGCCUCAUGUCAAAACAAUCCCCCGAAACGCGCCCCAUCAUCGCCCAAGCAGGCGCAAUCCCCUACAUCGCAGAAACCCUCUAUUCCUCUUCUCACCCCUCCCAAGAAGACGCCGCUGCCACACUCCUCAACCUCUCCAUCACCCUAAAGGAGCCCCUCAUGUCCACACGUGGCGUCCUCGACGCCAUCGCCCACGUCAUCUCUCACCACCACACCACCUCCUCUCCCCCUGCGGUUCAGUCCGCCGCCGCCACCAUCCACAGCCUCCUCUCCUCGGUCGACUCCUACCGCCCCGUUGUCGGCUCCAAGCGCGAGAUUGUCUACUCCCUCAUCGACAUCCUCCGCUGCCACCUCUCGUCACCUCCCCGCACUAUCAAGGAUUCGUUAAAGGCGUUAUUCGCCAUCGCGCUUCAUCCGAUUAACAGAUCUACGAUGAUUAACCUUGGUGCGGUUCCCGCGCUUUUUUCGCUGGUGUUGAAGGACGGUAGGGUUGGGAUUGUGGAGGACGCGACGGCGGUGAUCGCGCAGGUCGCGGGAUGCGAGGACGCCGUGGAUGCCUUUCGCAAGGCCUCCGGUGGUGUCGGCGUCCUUGCCGACCUCCUCGACCUCGCCACCGCCGCCAGCAUGCGCACCAAGGAGAACGCCGUCUCAGCGCUGCUCAAUUUGGUGCGGUGCGGGGGUGACAAGGUCGCCGCCGACGUGCGCGACGUCGUGGCCUUUGGAGCGCUGGAUGGAAUUGCGGAUGUGAGGGAUGGGGGUAGUGUAAAGGGGAAGAACAAGGCUGCUGAAUUGAUGAAGGUUUUGCUCGGUCAAAACAAUGGCGAUGUUGUUGUGUUUAACAGUGAUACUUGUUCUUCGUUUGGUUCCACCAGGAAUCAUGAUUCGGAAUGAAUUUGAUUCGUGUUUGGUUGGAAUUUUAUGAUUCUUUUUGUUCUUUGUAGACUGGAAAUAGAUUCUAUACAUUGACACAUUCGUUCAGGCAUUCAUGAAUUGGAACGGUUGAAUGAAAGAUAAGAUGGUUCACAUUUUGGAUACAUAUGUUAAGUUUGUUACAUUUAGGAUGAAAACCUAGAUGCAGCUUCUUAUGCGCUUUUGGCGAUGUUUUCCAAUCAGAAUUAGAGGUUUACCUUGGUAAUUUAUGUUGCUGACAUUUAUUUCGAAUCUAUAUAUAUAUUAUGCUAAUUACUGAGGUGAAUCUCCAAUUCUGACGGGAGAAUAACGCUGAUGCCACUGAAGAUUUGUAUAUUCAUUCAAUUGUUCUGAAUAGCUGAAUGUUUGAAUUCUGGAGUUUCCUGGUUGUAGGGAAUUCUGGUCGAUUUAGGUUUAGAUAAGCGGAUUUGGUGUACAAAUUAGGUGAUAAUUUUUGUUGUUUUGAUGAUAUUCUAUUGAUUAUUGUGUUAUGAUAUGAACAAUAUCAUGAUGUGUUGUACAUUCUUACAGUGUUGAUUACCUACCUAGUAACAGCUUGCAGUUUAUUUUA